AUGGCGCCAAAAAAGGACAAAACCUCAGAUCCGGUUGACAAAGACCCAUUAUCUGAUUCUUCUGAUCUUUUUGAUUCUUCUCCAUCACCACAGAAAGACAAGUUUAAACGUGCGCCUAACAUCAAUAAUGAUCCAGAAGCGCUCGCCGCUAGAUUGGAACCCGUCGUAAUUAACCUUCCGCGUGUUGUAAGCAGCAAUUUGACCCCGUAUCUGGGCGCCGGGAUACAUGUGGUAAACACCGAAUCAACCGGCGCUUUGUGCGGCCUUUACGCUUUUAUUUACAGUUACUCUGCAGCGCGAGACCUUGCUGCCCCUGCAGGUACAGCGGUGCCCCUAGCGAAUAACCCAACGGUGCAGGAGUUGAUAGCAUUUCGGGGGACCCAAAAUUUCUGGGACGAGGCGUGGCGAUAUGUCGAAGCAAAAUUUCUUACCGACAAAUCAAAACGUCCAAAAACCUAUAAGGCAAAAAUGGACCUAACCAAAUUAUAUAUACCGGACGAUCCAAACAACUACGAAGGCAGUUGUCUUCAUGUUCUCCUCGCAUAUAUAAAUAAGAGGUACGAUACGCACUACGUUCUAGGAAGUAUUACACAAGGUUUCAAUGUUAGAUGGGACCCCGAUAAGGAGAUAUGGGAUUUAGCUCAUCAGGUAGCUACGAUAGCUCCUGAAUAUGGAACCGGGCAGCCAGUAGUGUGGCUUUAUAACGAUAACGCACAGGCAGAAGAACGGUCGCUUCAUCAAAGUCCUAGCCCUGUCAUCUUAAAUCACUGGAUGGGAUUCUCAACAUUGCACAGGCAAAUGGAUCGACAUUUGAUCAAUAUAACCAAUACGUGGUUUGGUGACAAUGUGAGAAAAGAUGUAGAAGCGGGGGUUUGGAUCGUCACAGCCGACAUUGAUGGUUCGGAAAGUGACCAGCACAUUGCCUUAAGUCGUGGCCACUUUGUCAGGGAACCACCGAAGGAUCCGGCUGAAGAUGCCCCAAAUGGUUUUACGUGGCUGCAGAGAUGCCCAACAUUUGGUGCUGAUAACUCCGAAAUCCCAGGGACUGUCGGACUCGUCCCGACAGAUAGCAUAAAGAGAAUUGAGAUGAACGCUCUGAGAGAUGCACAUGAUGCAGCCGGGGUAACUGCUGCUAGUAUUGCAAAUAAGACUGGCACAAAAGACGGGGAUGAUAGCUUAUGGCUCGACUUCCACAUUUAUCGCAUUAUUGAGCCAACAUCCAAGAUCGGCAGAAAAUACCCUGAUCCAAACGAUGCAAAGAAAAAAUUUGUGGACAAUUUCACAUUUGAGGACAGCGAAUUUCUCCUAGACAAACGAGACCCGCUCAAAGGCUUUUAUCCGAUCUUGACAAAACUAGAUGGAACAUCGGGAUUAGUCAAACCUCGAAAUCUUCAGAAGCUGGAGGACCCAUGGGGGCUCCCUGAUCGUCUUCCAAUCGAGAGUAGCAAUGCCAAAAAAGACACUAUCAAACCGUUUGAAGAAGGUGCGAACGUGAAGGAUUAUACACUUAAGAUAUUGAAGGAGGAGUGUGCGGCUCGAGGCAUUGAACCCAGAAAAUGGGGAAGAACCAAACCAGUAGUAUUGGCAACACUCAUUGAGCACGAUAAAACCGCAGGUGAUAGACUACCCCCGGAACUACCUAUGAGACGUGUCACUGCAGAUGUUGCAGCACAAGCUGGUCCACCAAAAUACCCUCCAUUCUUUGCAACUGAAAUAGUAUUGGAGAUAGGGCAAGGCAAGGAUGGCGAUCCCGCCCUAUAUGUAAAGGAUUAUGAAGGACGCGUGGGCAGAAUCAAUGCAGAGAACCUCACGCGAAUAGAGGGUGCUUGGGGUGUGGCACUUGAUCUAACGAAGUGGGAUAAAAUAUUGAACGAUAUCAAAAAGGAAUCUAAGUUGAAUAAGCUUGUACAACCGGUAACUGGCGACAAAAGAGGUGCAGGUACAGCCUUGACUACUCCAGCAGCUAAAAAACAGAAGACGGCUACCACCCCAGUGAAGAAGACUCCGGUGAAGAAGGCUACCACCCCAGUGAAGAAGGCUGAUCCAGUGAAGAGUACUCCGAGCUUGUUGUUCAAGGAAAACAAUGAGAAGGAAUUUGAAGGUCGACAAGAUAACAAAGGGAGUGACAGUAGCUUGUUGUUCAAGAGAAACACUGAUCACCCAAGGGAGCAAAUCGAUAGUCUCGACCUAAAAGUGGACAUCAUUCACCCAGCAAACCUCAUAUCCAUCUCAACCGCAGUACUCUACCUCCAUGGCGGAGGUCUCACCGGUUUUAACCGGGAGCUACUUCCUCCUCAUAUCGCUCAAUCAUGUCUCCUCCGAAAUUGGCCCAUCGUCAGCGCUGAUUAUCGUCUCAUGCCCCAGGCAAGUGCUCAAGACAUGUUGGACGACUUAAUAUCUGCAUAUUCCUUCGUACAUGAUAACCUCCGGGAUAUUCUCGCCCUUGAACAAGGCCAGAAUAAAAAGAUUGAUAUCAUUCUCAUGGGUUCCAGCGCUGGUGCUUAUCUCUCAUUCCUCGCAAAACCCUAUCUCUCAUCUCCCCCAAUCGCGGUCUUCACAUACUACGGCUGCCCGACCGUUCACGACCCCAAGAAGUAUUUUGCUAGCAAUAAGACCCUUCUCAGAGAAACACCCUAUUCCGAACUUCAGUUCUCGCUGUUCCUUACAAGCCCCCCAGUUAUUGAUCCCACACCCCCUUUCCUUCCAAUAUUCCACCCCUCCUCUCUUCUUCCAGACUUCUCUCGCGAUCCCGCAUUCCAAACCUUGCCGGAAGCUGAAUUAGAAGAUCGUUCUUUAGUAUUCCUAUGGCUAGUUCAGGAAAACAAAUUACCUGAAUUGUGGCAAGGUCUCGAUAAAGGGUUGGAAAGUGACGCUUGGAAAGGAUUCGGAAAGACGAUUGUGGUGCAUGGAGAUCAGGAUGAAUUGAUUCCGUAUUAUAUGGCGAAGGAAGCUUUGGAUGUGAUUGGUUCAGAGGACUCUCAAUUGUUUACUGCAGUUGGGAAGGGGCAUGCUUGGGAUAUGUCGUUAUUUCUUGGAGAUCCGGAAUUAAAGGCAGUCGAAGAGGCUUGGAAAGCUUUGGAUGAAAUCGUGGUCCAGGCUAAGGCAGGACCGCCGGUCUGA